AUGAAGAAAAGCAACCAGAGCAGACGGGUCCAGGACUCGGGUCAGCCGGCGGUCCAGCAGCCGGAGAAGUCUGGCUGGAUCAGGAAGUUCUGCGGUCGAGGGAUCUUCAGAGAACUGUGGAGGAACCGCUUCGUGGUCCUGAGAGGAGACCAGCUCUACAUCUCUGACAAGGAGGUGAAAGACGAGCGGAAGGCUCAGGAAGUGUUCGACCUGGCCGACUACGAGCGUUCGGAGGAGCUGAGGAAAGCAAAGAGUCGCAGCAAGAAGAACCACAGCCGCUUCACGCUGCUGCGCUGCAGAACGCCACCGCCGCCGCCGGGGAACGCCGUUCCUAACCUGGUGUUUCUGGCGGUGAGUCCGGAGGAAAAGGAGUCAUGGGUCAACGCCCUCAACGUGGCGAUAAUCAAAGCCAAGAACCGCGUUUUAGACGAGGUGACCAUCGAGGAGGACAGCGCCCUGGUGCAUCCCACCAGAGAUCGGGCAAAGAUCCCUCACGCCCGCCGGCUGCCGACCAGAGGACACCUCAUGGCCGUGGCGUCCACGUCCUCCCACGGCAUGUUGACCCUUGACCUGGUUGCUGAGGAGGACGGUUUCUCUCCGGACUACGACUCCCGGGGGUCCUGGGAGAACGUGGAGCUGCCCCGGGGUGGGUCCUACGGGCAGGUGGCGGUGGCGGCGGGAUCUUGGGGAGUUCGUCAGCGAGCCGGAACAGACGUGUCGAAGCUGCGGGUCGCCUCCAAGGAGCCCAAGGUGAAGACCAGCAGCCUGCCCCGGGGCAGCGAGCUGUCCUGGGGCCAACAGACCCACCUGGAGGCCCCCAAGAGCCACAAGCCCCAGCAGGUGAAGGUCCUUCAGGCUCAGUCCAGGACGCCUCAGCCAGGGAAGAGGUUCAGCAUGCAGGGCCGGAGUCGCUGCGCCUCCAUGGACGAAGUCCUGUCCUCCAGACCGGCGAUGAUUCGCUCCGAGUUGCGCUCGGCUCUUCGGCGUUGUCCGACCGAAGAGGAGGCGGGGGGCGGGGCUUCGGUGCAGCCGGUCGGCCAGCUGCAGAGCCUCAUCGCCCAGCGGAUGCAGAGAGCUCAGGAGCUGCUGGAGGAGAUGAGGCUGCAGGAGCUGCAGAAGGCCAAAGCAGAGCGAGAGCGAGGAGGCAGCUCGCCGUACCUGAAGGGCAUCGACUCGCCGCGCCUCCACCACCUCAGGGGCUCCGACUCCCCUCACUCCAGCAGGUCGUCCGGAUCUCCGAGGAGCAGGAGCAGCGACUCUCCUCGUCUCCGGGGGAAAGACUCUCCUCGUCUGAAAGGACGAGAGUCUCCUCGGUCCAAAGCCAAGAGGAACCGGUCCAAAGGGACCGACUCGCCUCGCUCCAGAGGAUCCCAUUCACCCGCCGCCAAAGCCAACGACUCGCCUCGGCUGAAGGAUUCUCCGAGGACGAAGAGCUCCGACUUUGUCCGUUCACCAAAACUCAAAGGCUCCUUCAGCUCCUCGUGUCCCAGCAGGGAGGACGACUCUCCGGGACAGAUGUCCCCCGAGUCUUCUCCCAGCGUCGGAGGGUCCGACUCCGCUCAGGUCCAAGGGUCCGACUCGCCGCGAGGGAGUGAAACCGACUCCCCUCGCCUGGGGAGCAGCAAGGAGUCGCCCUGCUCGAGUCAGAAGAACUCACCGAGUCUUUCCGGAUCCUUCGAGUCCUCGCAGCCCAAAACCCCCGACAAACAGCGGCUGUCUCCACCCCCGCCCGCCUCCCUGCUGGAGGACGACCUGGAGAGGAGGCGAGACGAGGCCGAGCGCCUCCUGGAGGAGGCCGUGUCGUCGUGGAAGGAGGCGCAGGAGGUCCUGCAGGAGGUGAAGGAGCUGCAGAGCCAGACGCUGCGGCGGCAGCGCCGGAGGACCUACGAGAAGAUGACCACGGCGGCGGCGGCGGCCACCGGGCUGCCCGUGGCGGCGGCAGCGGCGGCAGACGAGGACGACACGCCCACCUCGCCGACGUCCCCCGAGGAGGACGACGAGUCCGAGACGCCCUGAUCAGGAUUUCUUUCAUACAAAUAUUCACUGAAGUGAAUUUUCUCAGUGCAAGUAGCAGCGUUUUACAGCAUGCAAAAAAGACGGGAUUUGAAUAAUUUUGGGGAUUUUUAACUUUUGAUGCACGUGAACACUUAAGCAGAAGUGGAUUACGAUUAAAACCAGCGAUACAGUUCUUCCCAGGAGGUUCAAUGACUCUACUCCUCCACUAGUGCACUAGUUUUACUCCACAGAGUCUCAGUGUGACAGAUUGUGUCGCAUCUCGUCGAGUUAAUGCAGAUUAACGGAGACGCUUCACCUUCCCUCAUGGUGCUGCACGCUUUCUCUUCUUCGUCUUUUAUCUCUGAAAGUGAAGUGAAAAGCCUCUCUGUUCGUCUCAGAGUCCACGUCUUCCCCGUGAGCUUUAUUUAGGAAGAGAUAUUCAGGGAAGAUGAAAAAAACCAACAACUUUUUUUUUCCAAAGCAAAGAUGUCAACAUUUCUACAGCGAGGAACUUUUUCAACAGACACAAACACGACGGCACUAAAGAGCACAACGUUCCUCGCUGAAAGCUUCCAGUAAUGACUCUGAUUAUUCAGAAUCUAAAGAUCUGUUUCCUGUUUUAUUUGCUAAUAUAUAUAAUCUGUCUUCUGGUGUGACAUUUCUGUUUAAACAAUCCGAUUUAGUCGUUUAUCCCAAAAAAACGUCCUUUGAACUCACCGCUGACGGUUUUAACUUCUCGGUGAGUUUCAACGAGCUGCAAGAAAAAUCAGGGAGUUUAUUAAUGUUUUUACACGGUGAAGAGAGAAAAAGCAAUAAUGUCGAAAACGUCUUGAAUCGAAUCACUUUACAGAAAGCAUGUUUUCAUUCACCUGCUGUGACUGUCGUUAACUUUGAGUGAUAAACUGAUAUUUUAUUAAUUUAGGAACACAGAAGAUAAAUAAAUCUUACGAUACGAGAUGUUUCAGGAUCAUUCUGUGUUUUGGCCGCAGAAUGUUUUCAUAAAAGCAACAUGAAGAAACAUUUUGAUGAGAUAAAGUUAUGACGUUUUAACACUUUUUUAUGUGUCAAAGAUGAAGAAAUGUAUCGUUUUGUUUUAUGUUCGGCUGAGGUGAGACUUUUUGUUUUAACCAGCGUAAAUUACAAAAAAAACACUCAUGAAGAACGUGACGAGUUACGGAUUAAAUGAUGAAAAUUACAAAUAUGAUUUAAAUUUACAGACAU